UGGUGACUAGUCAAGGGAAGAAAGCCCUUGCACCUGCUCCAGCCCAGGGGGCCUUUCCAGAAAGUCUUCUCUGGGAGCUGGCUCUGGCUCUCCUGAGCACCUGCUCAGCCUGAGCUCUUUCCAGAGUGUUAGGAACCCAGGACGUGACUGCAGGUCGUGUUGCGGUGACAGGAGGAGGGGCAAUCUGGGCUCUGCGUCCUUUAUGCUUCUGGUCCAGUCCCAGGCGCAGCCGCAAUGCAGCUUUCAGUUGAUUUAACUGUGAUCCAACUGCUUUUUAAAAGUGCAAGAGACUGAAAACGGGGGGCCAAGUGGAGGGUUAGGAGGAUGUCCCCUUUCUAGUUGGUUUCUACCUUUGCCCAAGGGUCAACCUAAAGUGACUCCAGUCCAACCCUGGGUAUGAAGAACCAAGAGACAGAGACUAUAGUCGGGAAUAUCAGCAACAGCAAGGCGGGGUGGGGCGAGCACGGGUGUGCUGCGGGCUGGGAUGUGAUGGGGCAGGGUUAGGGACAGCAGGGCGAGGAGGUUGUAAUCCCUCUCUCUUCCAGGCCUCUGCCAAACUCUUAGACGCCACGUUCGUUCCGCCUGGAGCCACACAGUGAGCUGAAGGCCCAUGAAGCCCUGGGGGCAGAAGGGCUGCGAGUGGAGCGGCGGGAUGGAGCUGGGUUUAGGGGCGCCCUGUUUCCCUACCCAAUACUGGAGUCUCCUAAUUCAGGUACGAGUAUGCAGGAUCAAGAUGUGGGGAAAUAAGAAACCCUCUGUCCGGGAGGGGGCGGGCCUAACCGUGCCACCGGGCCCACCGGAGAGAGCCACAUGGAGUUCCCACGCGAUUUGAACCUUCGCCGAGACCACCGCAGUUGGUGGUCCUCUCCGAGAGCACGGCGGAGGCGGGGAAGACGCCCGAACGCGCGCAGGGCGGGCUGCCACCCGCAGGUUCUCCAGACCACCACCGCCCACCCCGCCGCCGGGCUGGAGGUGGGAGGGGGGCAGCUCUCCAAGCCCGGCCCUGCGCGGACUCUGGGCUGCGCUCUCGGAUUCCCAGCGCCAUGACAGCCGGUUGCUCUGGGGAUGGCGAGGAGAGGUGGGUGGCACUGGCGCGCCGAGCGGAGCUGGACUCGUGAGGGGUCCCACUCUGUUUUUCUCCACUGGAAAAGAAGUCCACGCAGGCGCCAGGGAGAGGCGCCAAAGGGGAACUAAGGCCCAAGGGAGGACCAGGGUAGGGCGACCUGAACCCCUCUAAGCCCUCCCCGGGCACGCCGUGCCCCCUCCCACGAGGCCACCCACCCCGUCCUUGCCGAGCCCCGGGGCUGCGCGUGCGGUCCCUACCUGGGAGCCGGCGCGCCGCGAGCCAUGGAAGCAGCGAACCUCUCGGCGGCCGCCACCGGCGUCGCCCUUCCCUCGGGACCCGAGGCCUCCAACAGCAGCCCAAGGCCCGGCGCGGUCGUCAGGUCGACCCCAGGCGGCGCCGCCCUGCCCGGCCGAGAGCCGCCCUUCUCAGUCUUCACGGUGCUGGUGGUGACGCUGCUGGUGCUGCUGAUCGCGGCCACUUUCCUGUGGAACCUGCUGGUUCUGGUCACCAUCCUGCGCGUCCGCGCCUUCCAUCGUGUGCCACAUAACUUGGUGGCCUCGACGGCCGUGUCAGACGUGCUAGUGGCAGCGCUAGUGAUGCCACUGAGCCUGGUGAGCGAGCUGUCGGCCGGACGACGUUGGUGGCUGGGCAGGAGCCUGUGCCACGUGUGGAUCUCCUUCGACGUGCUGUGCUGCACCGCCAGCAUCUGGAACGUGGCGGCCAUCGCCCUGGACCGCUACUGGACCAUCACGCGCCACCUGCAGUACCCGCUGCGCACCCGCCGCCGCGCCUCCGCGCUCAUGAUCGCGCUCACCUGGGCGCUCUCGGCGCUCAUCGCCCUCGCGCCGCUGCUCUUUGGCUGGGGUGAGGCGUACGACGCUCAGCUCCAGCGCUGCCAGGUGAGCCAGGAACCCUCCUAGGUCGUCUUCUCCACCUGCGGCGCCUUCUACCUGCCGCUUGGCGUGGUGCUAUUUGUCUACUGGAAGAUCUACAAGGCGGCCAAGUUUCGCUUCGGCCGCCACCGCAGGGCUGUGCUGCCAUUGCCGGCCACCGUGCAGGUGAAGGAGGCACCUCACGUGGCUGAGAUGGUGUUCAAGGCGCGUAGCUCGACACUGACCUUUCAGGAAAGUGGAGACUCGUGGCAGGAGUGGAAGGAGAAGCGGGCGGCCAUGAUGGUGGGCAUCCUCAUUGGCGUGUUUGUGCUGUGCUGGAGCCCCUUCUUCCUCACAGAGCUCAUCAGCCCCCUCUGCGCCUGCAGCCUGCCCCCCAUCUGGAAAAGCAUCUUCCUGUGGCUGGGCUACUCCAAUUCUUUCUUCAACCCCCUGAUUUACACAGCAUUUAACAAGAACUACAGCAACGCCUUCAAGAGCCUCUUCAUCAAGCGGAGAUGAACACAAAGCUUGGGAAGACUGUGGGUAGAGUUGUGCGGAGGGAACUUGUGUUUCUCCCCCUCACCAGUGAUGCGCGAGCCUUCCCCCCACAGCUGAGAAUUAAUGACAUCUGAGAGCCAUACCACUGGGCCUGGACUGUAGGUGCAGCAAUGCCAAAGGCUCUUCAGAAAGACAGCAAAUGUGGGGCAAGCAUGCAGAUAUGUCCUCUUCCUACGUGAGUGGCAGACAUUGCUAAUCGAUCUUGGCACAUUUCCCUACUGAGCAGGAAGUCUGCCUCAGAAUCCUUUUCAGAUAGCACCUCAGGCACCUCUGCUAAUUGGUUAGAAGUGACACAAGAGGAUCAAUGCCUUUCCUUUAUCUAAUACCAUAUUCCUCAGAGAGGGUCUCAGCACAGGGCCCAGUGGCCUGUUUUGUGUUCCACCCAGGAGAUGGUGUCCUUUGUGAAACAGCCCCCACCCCCCAACCCUUUCUCCACCCAUUCAACACAUCUCCCCCAGUCUCCAACACAGUGUGUCCUGAUUUGGGAAAUGAGGAUCAUCUGAGCUUUUGUUUUUUAAAAAAGUGUCCAGUGCAAACCCUAUCUACUGAAUCAGACUUUCAAAGAAGACAUCUGGUAAUUUACACAUUAUUAAGUUCUCUAGAUAAUUUUUUCUUUUAAUCAGUGAGAGACACUGCUGGAUGCUUAGGCUGCUCUUUAGAACAAUUAAAUUGGCAUUUCUUGGGGCUGAGACCCAGACGGCAGGGCUUUUUAAAGUUCCCCAGGUGAUUCCACCAUGCAGCCAGCCUUGAGAUGCCCUGGCGAGGGCUCGUCUGUGCUUCUGUACAAGGGAGAGCAGCUGUGAGAAAUUUUCCUAGGACUUUACCAUCCUGACUUGUAUGUGUGAUAAAAAUGCUUUUGAAGUAUUCAUUUCUAGGCUCAGAAUCAGUCAUCUGUAUGACUGAUCACACACACAUGCAUACACACACACACACACGUGUCUAUCAUUGAGAUGGGGACAACGCCUGUUGUGGAACUAAAACACAAACACACACAAAACUCCCCCAAAACUGCCACAGUGAAUCUUGGGCUUCCUGACAAUAUGAAAUGUGGCCCGGAUGUGUAGGAAUCCCGGGGCCUGGAUGAGGGGAUACCUGGACUGAGUCAUCUUGGCCACAGUCUGCCUAAUUUUGGACUGGCUGCCUACUGAUUCGGCUUUUCAUUUCCACAACAGUCCACUCGGCCAUUGGCUCCCUUGAUGUCUGAGGUGUACAGACAUGCUUUGAGCACACACUAUAGAGCACCUGCACUUUGGGGGUUAUCAGAGAAGAUAGGUCCCUGGUGCCUUUUCCAAAAUCUUUGGCACCAGAUGGUUUUGGGAUUUAGAACUCUUUUUUUAAGUUUUAGAAAGGCGAUAUGGUAUAUGGUCCAUACAUUAGAUAACAUCCCCAGCUGGGUCUGGGGCAGCAGCCUCUAAUCAAACACAUGGAUAUUUCUGCAAUAAAAUGAAGAAAGGACUAAAAAUAGCCUCACACUGGGUCAGAUCAGAUUUUGUCAUCAAAUGAGUUAGGAACAACCUGUAUUUCCUGAACUUUUGUGUUUUUGCAAUUGAGGAUCUGUGUCACCUCAAACUACCCACAGUCCCAGCUCUCAGUGCUUUCAGCCCUGUUGAGAAGGAGCUGGAGUCUGGGAAGAGCAUGUGGUCCAGCUAUUCCUUUGCUGCUGGAGGUUGGGACAUCACAAACGUGCUUGGUGUGGCCCCAGGACAGCAUUCUUGGAGAUGUACUUUGGAAUUUUAUUCUUCUCUAUCAUUGGAAGAUGCUUCAAGAAACAAUCUUAUGAAACCUAUCAAUGCGUUUCACAUAAAGAAGUCAAGUCAUCAGGGGCUGGCCCCCUGGCCGAGGUUAAGUUCAUACACUCCACUUCAGUGGC